GAUGAAAAUGAAAAUGAAAAUGAAUAUGAAGAUAAAGAUGAUGAAGAAGAAGAAGAAGAAGAAGAAGAAGAAGAAGAAGAAGAAGAUGAUGAUGAUGAUGAUGAUCAUAGAAACUUAAUAAAAGUUAUUUGUAAAAAGAUAGCUCUUUUUUCUGUGAAAAAAUUUUCAAAGAUGAAGGAAACUAUUUAAAGUCUGGUUCAGAAAUUAUGGUCAUUUAAUCGCCUUUAACGCUGUCUUUUCGAUUGUCACAUUAACACGCAAUAUUUUUUAGCCGUCUAGAUUGCAUCAGUUUUAGGGAAAAUGUAGGCGAGAAAGUAAAGGAAGGUUGGAAAUAUUGCGAAACAAAACUCGCCUUCUAAAUAAGUCAUAAAAAACUUAAUAAACGGUUCAAGUACGUGUGGAUGAACGAUCAGUCCUAAUAGCGCAGCCCCACUCUUCAAAGUAAUCAGGCAGCUUCAUUUUUCUCGCAUGAAUCUUUUUCCACCAGAAAAAAAAAAGAAAACUAAAAAUGAUAAGUUGUACUUACAGUUUACCGCUACAUGAGGAGUUGAAUUUUUCUCGUCCACUUGGAAUCUUAAAAUCAGAAAAGAAAGUGAUUGGGAACAAGAUUCUUUUGAAUAGCAUGCGAGCAAGCUCUCCCUGGGAUGCGGGCUAGGGGAAAAUGCUCAGAGGGUGGUUAUUUACAUUCGGUGUCGUAUUCCCUGUAAGAUCUGAUUAAUCUGAUUUUGACAGCUCAACAUCCGACGAGGCCUAGGGACCAAGGAAGUAAACACCGCCAUUAAGCUGUCUCACUUUUGCCUCACUUUUGAGUUUUUUUUUCUAGGCCUCACAUUUUCGCUUGGACCAAUUGACUCGCGAAACGCUUUGGCCGCACGGAAUAAUGAGGCCGAGAGACUAGGCAAGGCGGAGUAUAUCAACGAAGUCCACCUUUGA